AUGGGUCAGCAAAAGGCUGCUGAGUUAUGCCGUGGGUUUCGGAACCUUGAAGAGGUCUUCAUCCGUUACGACUUCUAUGCUCCUAAACUAAGCCUAUACUUGCAAAUUGUUCGGUCUGCUCCGAAACUACGCAAGUGUACCCUCCAUCAUCUACCAGAAUCACGCAUGAAAUAUGGGCUAGGCCCUACAUCCAUCACCGAACUGGUGUUGGGAUUUUGCGAGCUUUCUCAAUCUCUGCUAAAGAAUAUCUUGAGUCACCUCCCAAAUCUGCGCAAAUUUGUCUAUUGGCAACAUUGGAUUCCAAGCGACCACAGUCGGAUAGUUUUGCCAGGGGCGCUAAUGGCUAUUAUUGAAGAGCACGCCCCCAACCUGCAAUUCCUCGGCCUAUCAUGGAACGACGAGGAAAUAGGGUUACUGGGGUGUGUCGAUGGGGUUACGGAAGACAUGGUAGCCAUUAAGACGUUGAGACGUCUGAAGAGAUUGGAGACAAUCGUUAUUUACGAACAUGGCCAUAACCUAUACCCAUCUGCUUCAACAGAUGUCUGGUUUACCUUCCUUCCCCCGUCCAUUCGUGUCGUCGGAAUAAAUAAUCCGUCCGGUCGAUGGGACUUACUUGCCUUACAUUAUGCAAAGGCCAGGGGUCUACCUCAGUUCACGAAGACUGUGGUUCGAUCACCUGAGACGCAGCAACGAGACUAG